CAGCUAACUUUUCUCUUCAUUUUCAUAUUAUUCCGGUCGUAUGGAUAUCUGAAAUCAGUUAUAACGAAUCAUAAUUGGAUUUAAUCAUCAGUGUCGUAAUUGUUACGUUUCGAUUUUCAUGUAUAUUAUCACGAGGCGGAGUAACGUUAGCCUACUACACAUGACUAACGUUACCGCUUGUACCUCAGGAAAUCCAGCCAUGGAUGAUUUGUUGUGGAUUCUAUCACCCAUGUCAAUUCCAUACGAACAAGAGCAAACAGUACUGCACGCUUAACACGGUCAAAUCUGUUACGCCGCUCCGCCUAUCUUCUUUUCCUGUCGCAUCAUCGUAGCUCUGGUGAUAUCUUCUCAACCCUAUAAACGGACUCGUAAGGCAUAGAAGAAACUCUACUGUUCUGUAUCAGUGUGCACCCAUUCCUCACUACAAAGUUUCAGAUGGACCAGAGGUGUGUUAAACGGAUCUUCGCACUGCUGACACUUUUAAUAACCUUUACAAGUCUAUGUGUCAUCUACUUCGAAAUAAACACGACCACAAGAGUGUUAUAUGGCAUCCGACGAGUGCACUGCAUGGAGCUCCGUCACAAGUUUUCCAUCAUCACUUCAGAUAGAGUCAGACUGCGUAGCUGUUGUAACGCAACGGGUGUUUUAUACUUCACAAAGCAGAACACAGCUGUCAAUGACAGUAUUCCUUAUGAGACUAACUCAAAACGGAGCUACAAAGUAAACACUGAAGUUCACGACAUGCUGCCUGAGGAGUUUCCCUGGAGUAAGCGUUCUCUCGCCCGUUGUGCUGUGGUGGGCAGUGGUGGGAUUCUGAAGAACAGUAGUUGUGGAAGAGAGAUUGACAUUGCAGACUAUGUCAUCAGGUUUAACAUGGCUCCCGUUAAUGACAGUGAUGUUGGGUUGAAGACUGAUCUGCUCACUGUUAAUCCCAGUCAGCUCACACGCUUUAAAAUGAUGAAAGUUGGUCCAGAUCCAUUAGUGCAGCGUUUGAGUGUGUACGGUAACUCAUCAAUCAUCAUUCCAGCAUUUUCAUAUUCAUACAACACUCAGCUAGCCAUCAACACGCUCAAAGUGCUCCGGCCGAUCAUACCUCACCAACAAAUCGUCUUCUUUUCACCAAGCUACCUUAAGAAAUUGGCUGGUCUCUGGAAGGGGCGUGGCUUGAAAGCGACCCGCCUCUCCACAGGUUUUAUGUUAAUUAAUGUGGCACUAGAGCUGUGCGAUCACGUGCACGUUUAUGGAUUUUGGCCAUUUGACAUCAAUCUGCAACAGCAAGAGGUUCCACAUCAUUAUUAUGACAAUGUUGGACCCAAACGUGGUGUUCACUCCAUGCCAAAAGAGUUUCUCAACUUGCUGCAGCUCCACAGCCAGGGGGCGCUAACACUGCAGAUACAGCCCUGCUCUUAACUGAAGAUCUCGUGUGUGUUGCUCAUCUGACGAUUUCGCAUGAUCUUGGAUUGUUCGGUUCUUCGAUGCUCAUCCUGGAAUUGUUGUUUUGACAACAGGUCCGUUAGCUUAAACCUGUUCGGGAGCACGAUUAUUUCAUGUAAACAGGAUUAGAUCGCGAUCAUGUCAAGUCGGCUUCAUUCAUACAAAAGCAACUUGUUGCACAAGGCACAGGAUUAAUAGAAAGAGCUUUGCGAAUUUAACAUAUAAUUAACGCAAUGUUUUGCUUUUAGAACAAUAUUUAUUGUAAUAUAAUAUAUUUAGAAUAAUUUGUGUUUUUAUUAACUGUGAAAAGUCUGCGAUGAGGACCGAAAUAAAUGAAUGAAGGAAUGAAUAAAUAAAUAAAUAAAAUAUCGUUUUUUUCUUGUGAA